AUGGUGAAUACCACAGCUGAUAAAGGCCCCUUUUCCUCUUGUCGGCUUCUUUGCAGCGGGGAUCUCCCAGGUCUUUUUGUCCCUUCCCAGAACCCGUCGCCGGUUGCCUGUAUUGAUGCGAUUGAUCUGGACCCUGAACCGGAGAUCAGCUUCACCGAAGGAGAUUACCUGUCAGAUGAAAAUCUGGCAGCACUCCUACGGACCUGGGGCGAAAGUGUCAGUCCAGAACUACCAGCACAGAUAGAGCACACAAUACAAUCCAAGAUAGUCGUCGAGGAGGCAUGCAUCGACGGGAUCGUUUACAAAAAGGGCUUGUCGGUCGAACUUCACGAAGGCACAUACCUUCGCAUCUUAGCAGUACUCCAAGGACCAGGAGGCGAAAUCUUUCUCCGAGGCCGGCGUCUCGUCAAGCUCAAGGAUCGGGAAGAGGGACCUGGACCAAGCUGGCGUCGAGAGGUGCUGUGGGUUGUCAACCAUGAUACCACGGAGGUUCCCCUGGCUGUCGUUCAGUGCUUUUGCAUUGUUCACUUCACGAAUUGGCCAGAUAUCAAGACAGACACUCGAAGUCGAAAUGCACGAUAUAACGAACUAUUCUGCCGUUUGAAGGAGACCGACGAGGGCGAGGAAAUGUCGAUGCAAUAUCUUCACGAAGACGAAGCCGACGAGGGUUUCCAGUUCUCUCCAGACUUCCUCCGGCAGCAAUGGAGAGGCGAUACUUUUCCCUUUGGCGGCUCACGAAGACCACCAGACUAUGCCCAGGCCACUGACAUCAUCGAAAUAGACAUGGGCCAGCCAGGGGAACCACUGUUGAUCGAUCUCGAGAGCGACACCUCCAACCACCGGCAGUAUACCUUCGGAGACGCGUUCUGUGGCGCUGGUGGUGUCUCCUGUGGUGCUGAACAGGCUGGUUUGGCCAUCCAAUGGGCGUUUGAUAAGAACGAGCAUGCCAUGUCGUCUUACCAGAUGAAUUUCCCAACAGUCUGGAGCGAGCAAGCCGACAUCUUCGACCUGCUCACCCAAAGCGACUCACAAAGGCUCAAGGUGGAUAUCAGCCACGGCUCUCCCCCCUGCCAAACCUUCUCACCAGCUCACACCAUCAAUGGACCCAACGACGAUGCCAACUCAGCCUGUAUCUUCUCCUGCGCCGAUCUGGUCAGAAAGGUUCGUCCUCGGGUGCACACCAUGGAGGAGACCUGUGGUCUAUACGAGAGACACAAAGAGACGUUCCAUCGCGUGAUCCUCGACUUUAUUGAAGUCGGCUACUCUGUUCGCUGGGGCAUAUUGAACUGCAUGCUCUACGGCGUUCCACAGACUCGACGACGACUGAUUAUCAUCGCAUCCGGGCCCGGAGAAUCUCUUCCAAGGCUCCCCAAACCAACACAUGCUAUACCUGGUUCAAACUCCGGGCUGCUAGAUCGACCAACUAUCCACUCCGCCAUAUCAAGCAUUCCUCUGGGCACGCGAGAUCAUGAUGUUGACGGGGCCCUGGCGCGCGGUCUGCGCUACUCGCGGCCUCCAUUCAACGCAGACCAACCCGCAGGAACCAUUACCUGCAAUGGCGGCGAGCGAAACUACCACCCAUCCGGCACCAGGGGCUUCACAAAUCGCGAAUUCGCGUCUCUUCAGACCUUCCCCCUUCAUUACCGUUUCGGCGAUCGCGAAGUCCGGAAACAAAUUGGCAACGCCGUGCCUCCCAUCCUUGCCAGGGCAAUAUAUCGGGAAAUUAUCAAAACUCUACGUAAGACGGACGCCAGGGCAAGCGCAGAGAAGACAAGCGUCACCAUCUAA